AUUCUACCCUGUUAGGUUUCGACUAAUACAAAAGAAGCGACCCCUCUCUCUAUCUCCCUAGCCACCGCCUCUUGUUCUUUCCUGCACACAUUUGGGCACUAAGAAAGUUGACAGAGGAAAAUGGCGAAAUCAAUGAGAUCAAAGAGGGAGAAGAGGUUGAGGGCUAUUAGGAGAGAGAUUGUUCAACCUUUCUAUGACGAGAAAGAAGCCGCUAAACUUUCUGCACAAGAAGCUGCUCUUGCCGCACCCAAGCUUCAAGUUCCCGUCCGACCUAGCACUACCAUGGAAAUUUCCACUUCCACUGUAGCCAACACUAACAGCAUGGAUGUGGAUGUGGCUGAUGAAAAUAAGAGUAAGGUUUCCUUGAAGCCUGCUGGUAGAAUAGGGAAGAAAUUGAAGAAGAAAUUUAAAAUGGCUAAGGGUAAUCGCCGCAACGGUAAUGGAAAGCCGAGUAGAAAGCGUCACAUAUGAUUCCUAUAGAGGGCUAAUGCUGCAAGCAGUGCUGGGUUAAUUUAGAGUUCUUGUGUCUUAUUCCAUGAACCUUGUUCAAAUUUUGAUUAAAAAACAUGACGAUCGUUCAGUUAUCUUGGUUAUGUAUUUAGAUAUUGAAGUACAACACAAUAUAAGUUGUUGAUGUUGAUGACUCCUUUUGAACGUGAAGGAUAUAUAAUAUAGUUUUUGCACUAA